GGCUCGGAAACGUCGACUUGCGCGCUCGGAGCAGGAUUUUUACGAAUUCUAUUUUUCCACAAAUAGGAAAAACCACCACCAGCAGCAGCAGCAGCAGAAAUGGCCCUUACCCGGAUCUACACAUCUAAGUUGGCCUGUGCCGCCAAUAAGAAUGCCCUGCCGGCGAUUGCUACCUUCGUGCGCAAUGCCUCCGACAGCACAGACCUGAAGGCUAUCUUGACGGAAAAGGUCCCGAAGGAGCAGGAGCGCAUCAAGAACUUCCGCAAGCAGCAUGGUGCCACGAAAGUCGGCGAGGUUACCGUCGAUAUGAUGUACGGUGGCAUGCGUGGCAUCAAGGGUCUGGUGUGUGAAACGUCGGUACUUGACCCCGAUGAGGGCAUCCGCUUCCGUGGUCUGUCGAUCCCCGAGUGCCAGCAGGUGCUCCCUAAGGCGCCAGGUGGCCAGGAACCGCUUCCAGAGGGUCUCUUCUGGCUGCUGAUCACCGGUGAUGUUCCGUCGAAGGCUCAGGUCGAUGCGCUGUCACGCGAGUGGGCCAACCGCGCCGCCUUGCCCUCGCACGUCGUCACCAUGCUGAACAACAUGCCGACAUCGUUGCACCCGAUGUCUCAGCUGAGCUGCGCCGUCACCGCACUGAAUCACGAGAGCAAAUUCGCCAAGGCGUACUCGGAGGGUGUGCACAAGAGCAAGUACUGGGAGUACGUGUACGAGGACAGCAUGGACCUGAUCGCCAAGUUGCCGGUGAUUGCCGCCACUAUCUAUCGCAACACGUACCGUGACGGCAAGGGCAUCGGUGCGAUUGACCCGAAGAAGGAUUGGUCGGCCAACUUCACCAAGAUGCUUGGCUACGAGGACGAGAAGUUCACCGAGCUGAUGCGCCUGUACCUGACGAUCCACAGCGACCACGAAGGCGGUAACGUGUCGGCGCACACGGUCCAUCUGGUCGGUUCGGCCCUCAGCGACCCGUACCUGUCGUUUGCUGCCGGCAUGAACGGUCUGGCAGGACCGCUGCACGGCCUGGCCAACCAGGAGGUGCUGGUGUGGCUGCAGAAGCUGCGCAAGGAGCUGGGAGACAACGCUAACGAGGAGAAGGUGAAGGAGUUCAUCUGGAAGACGCUGAAGUCGGGACAGGUCGUGCCUGGUUACGGUCAUGCCGUCCUGCGCAAGACCGAUCCGCGUUACACCUGCCAGCGCGAGUUCGCCCUCAAGCACCUGCCCAACGAUCCGCUGUUCGGACUGGUUUCGAACAUCUACAAGGUCGUGCCCCCAAUCCUGACCGAACUCGGCAAGGUGAAGAACCCGUGGCCGAACGUAGAUGCCCACUCCGGUGUGCUGCUGCAGUACUACGGUCUGAAGGAGAUGAACUACUACACCGUGCUGUUCGGUGUGUCCCGUGCCCUCGGCGUGCUGGCUUCGCUGGUGUGGGAUCGCGCCCUCGGACUGCCAAUCGAGCGCCCCAAGUCGAUGUCCACCGAUGGACUGAUCAAGGCUACCUCCAAGUAAACGAGAGGCUGCGUCAGCUCCCACUUCCCCUCCCAACACACAAAUCACACAAACCCUUAAACGCGCAUCCCUUGCACACCUGUAAGCAUAAGUUUUCAUCGAAGUGAGUAAUUUAAAGCAACAACACGCGCACCCAGAUAAACCAAUUGUGCAGUUGCACCUAGAACAAGAACUCAUCACCCCAUCCCGCUCCCACCGCCCCCUCAGCGAUCCCGUACCACCAAACUCACACAGUCGAGAGGAGAGGAGACGAUGUUAGGGCAGUCCCCAGCAAAGCCGCGAGGGAAGGGCCAGCGAGAGAGUAACGCAUUGCAACCAAAAACUACCAAACUCUGAGAUAAUAAUUGAGUAACACACAUAAAAAAAAACGACGAAUAGCUUUUAAAGUGGCACGUACCUCCUCCUCCUGCCGGAAACCGAUGUUGGUGGACGAUCAAGCGACCCAUAGCGUGGGUUCCCUCCGGAAGGGCAGCGACGGCGAUAAUGAAAGCAAAACGAAAGAUAUGAUAAUAAUAAUACUUACCUCUCUCGUAGAGAGUUUCGCAAAAAAACAAUGCAGAACACAAAAAACCUCCCGUGAGCAAUCAACUAUUGGUGCGGCGGUCCCAUUUGCGAAAGAAUCGUUUUCCCUCUUGUCCGGGCGUGAUGAUGAUGGGGGUGGUUCGGUAGGGUAGAUGAGUGGUCUACUGAGACGGCAUCCGGAGAGUAUCUAACGUACUUUAAGAUCACGAGAUGUUUCGUUGUUUUUUUUUUCUAAGUCGCCACCCCAAAAAUGAUAGUACGGUAGUGAAGCUGCAGUUACGCAAAGUCGAUUUAAUAUUUAUCUAGAAGCUAUAGCUCGUUUUGCUCGGUAGUGUUCAAUGUAGUAGCGCGGGUGGGCAAACUAAAAAGAGGUGGCACUCGCACGUGCGCAUGGCUUGUCGCGAAUGGUGUAGGUCAGGUCGAGUGUUCUUUUCGUUUCCGUCGUUCGAUUAUCAUGGAUAGUCUCUUCUUUCCAGGCCAGCUGCUGAGAAAUCGGAUUCUGUACAUUAUUUCGCUGUGAGCGCCGUUUAGCAACUUAAUUAAUGUAGGAUGGUUAUUAGUGUUUCCUCGCACCGGUUUAUCGGGCUGCGUGAGAGAACGAAAAGUUCACUCCUUCUCAGGUGAAACUGCACCAACUCGUGCGGCCGCAAACGGCUCGCUAGUCGUGUAGAUUCCAUUGGUACCAUUACUGUAGGAUAUUGACCAAUUAUUAAUAUUUAUUGCUUUUGAGAACGUAUGGUGCGUGUGGUUCAAUGUCUAACCGAAUGGAAACAACCGCGCACACCUACUCUGUGUGUUUGCGUUGGCCCUUUCUCGGUUAUUUUGAACCUUAGCGUUGCCAUGCAAUAGUUUGAUUCUGUUUCGAUUAGAAUUCUUUCUGUUUGGUGACUGAACGUCGAUAUAAUUUUCGUUGCGUUGUGUUAAAUAAAUUGAACCGAACGAUUUGAACA